AUGGAUAUCCCAAAGGUCGACCUACGCGGUGUCGAGCCUGGGGUUCCGGGCUGGGAGGAAGCCCGGGCCGCCGUGACGGCUUCCAUGGUAGCCUACGGCUGCGUCGUUGUCGCGUACGACGCUCUAGAGCCGGCGCUCCGGGAGGUGCUGUUCGGCCGUGCCUUUCCGGAGCUCUUUCAGCUUCCGCUGGAGACCAAGCAGCGGAACGUAUCCACCAGGUGGUUCAGAAGCUACAUAGCAAGUGCAGAAACGGACUAUGAGAGCGUCUGCGUCCAUGAACCCACGGACGACGGCAACAUCCACGAAUUCACCAACUUGUUCUGGCCGCAGGGUAACCCGGAAUUCAGUGACAUAAUGCUGCGAUAUGCAAAGAACUUGCUGCAACUGGAGCAGACGUUGCAGAGGAUGACCCUGGAAGGCCUCGGCGUCCCGGAAGACACUAUCCGCUCCCACCUCCGCUCGCUCACCCACACUCUCCGGCCGUCGCAUUACGGCGUACAGCAAGACACUGCAGGUAGCCGCCGACUGUCCAUGGCGGUGCACCGCGACUUCAACAUGAGCACCCUCAUCGUACAGCACGAAGUGGAAGGCCUCGAGGUUCAGGCAAAGAACGGGAGCUGGCUCCCCAUUCGUGCCGAGCCGGACACGUUUACCUUCCAAGCUGGCGAGCUAUUCACGAUCCUCACCAACGGGAGGGUGCCGGCGUCCGUUCACCGCGUUAGGACGCUGAGCAACCGCGAGCGCUUCUCCAUGAUUUUUGGCAGCUGGUCUGGGGACGGCGACGAGGUCAGCGCGAUGGACGAGCUCGUCGAUGGAGAGCACCCACUGAUGUAUAAUCCUUGUAGGCUCGACGAAUACGUCGACUUCCUUUACAUCGAGGAAGGCCGCAAGCUGGAUGACCCACUCAAGGCUUUCUGUGGAGUCCACAAGGGUAAUAAAUCCAUGGAGUGA